AUGUCUCAAAUCACCCACUCCGGCAGUGGCACUGGCCCCUCAGACAAAGCCACAGAAUCAAAGACAUCAAUCUGUGACAAUCGCAUUCAUCUCCUCCUUGCCGCAACGGGCUCAGUCGCGACAAUCAAAAUAGCCAAUAUCAUCAGCGCACUCUCCCCUCAUACCCACAAGCUCUCAAUAAGGGUAAUCCUCACCACCAAAGCCAAGCAAUUCCUAGCCGGCCAGUCCGCCGAGCAGCCCCCCGUCUCGUCCCUCGUUUCCCUCCCUGGCGUGGAAGCCGUCUACGACGACGACGCGGAGUGGGGGCCAGAACCCUGGCGCCGCGGUGUUGACAUCUUGCACAUCUCCCUCCGACGCUGGGCAGAUAUCCUUGUUAUUGCUCCUCUUUCCGCAAACACCCUAGCCAAGCUCGCCAAUGGACUUAGCGAUAAUCUGUUAACGUCUGUAUGUCGGGCAUGGGAUACAUACGGCCAGGUUGACGGGAAAAGAAAACGAAUUGUAGUCGCGCCGGCUAUGAAUACGGCUAUGUGGCGACACCCAGUGACGGCUCAGCAUAUCCGGGUGCUAGAGGAAGAAUGGGGGGUUCGAAAAGAUGAGAAUACGGGAGAGGAGACGGGCUGGUUUGAGGUUCUACAACCGCAGUCGUCCAAGGUGUUGGCUUGUGGGGACGUGGGGAGUGGCGCUAUGUUGGAAUGGACCGAGAUAGUCAAGGUUAUUGAAGAUAGGUUAGGGUUGAGUGAUGAGAAUUCAUCUUAG